AUGUAUAAAAAUUGUUUUGCCUUUGUUUUUAUUUUUUUAAUUGUCUAUUCUAUUAUUUUUUCUUCUUCCCGUAUACUUUGCCUUUUUGAUCAUUUCUUUUGUUGUUUAUUUCUUUCUUCCAUUAUUGAUUUCUUAUUUAUUCUUUUUUUACUUUCUCUAUUUUUGGCCUUUUUUUAUUUUUACAUUCAUUCACCCAUUCAAUUAUUUUUAUUCUUUUUUUCUUCCUAUAGAUUUUAUAUUUUCCUUUGCUGCUUUCUUUAUUUUCUUCCUCAUGUUUUCCUUCCCAUAUAUUUUACAUUUUUGUUUGUUUAUUUGGUUGUUCACUUCUCUUUUUCAGUAUUUAUUUCUUUUAUUUUCACUAUUUUCUUCAUCUUGUAUCUUUUGCCGCCUUCUUUCUAUCAUUUUUUUCAUUCUCACAAUUUUUUUUUUUUAUUUCAUUUCUUUUUAUCUCAUUUUCUAUUUCUUUCUUUUUUUGCCUCAUUUUCCGUUUGCCUUCUUUUUUUGCCUCAUUUUCCGUUUGCCUUCUUUUUUUGCCUCAUUUUCCGUUUGCCUUCUUUUUUUUGCCUCGUUUUUCCGUUUUUUAUUUUUUUUUUGCCUCGUUUUCCGUUUGCCUUCUUUUUUUUUUGCCUCGUUUUCCGUUUGCCUUUUUUUUUUUUGCCUCGUUUUUUCCGUUUGCCUUCUUUUUUGCCUCGUUUUUUCCGUUUGCCUUCUUUUUUUUGGCCUCGUUUUCCGUUUGCCUUCUUUUUUUUGCCUCGUUUUCCGUUUGCCUUCUUUUUUUUGCCUCAUUUUCCAUUUGCCUUCUUUUUUUUGCCUCAUUUUCCAUUUGCCUUCUUUUUUUGCCUCAUUUUCUAUUUCCCUUUUUUUCCAGCAUUUUCUAUUCUCUUUCUUGCUGUUAUUUUUCUUCUUUUUCCCCUAUAUAUUUCCUAUCUUUUUCUUUUCAGCAUUGUUAAUUUCUCUCACUCAUUUUUUAUUUUAUUCUCUUUUCUUAAUCAUGUAUCAUUCGCGUUUUUCAUUCUCAUUUUUCUUUCAUUCAAUUAUUUUCCUCCAUUUCUUUCUUAUAUAUCUUUUAUCUCUCCUUUUUAUCACAAAUUAAAAUAUUUGCUCUUACAUUAA